AUGCAGCUCUUCCACAUCAAAUUAUGUCAAGAGAAACGUUACAACGCUCCUGACCUCUCUACUAUCAACGGGGAGCGUCACUCUGCAUCGGAUGCUUUCCUAAAACCAAACUUGCAUCGGCAGAACCUUCGACUUCAGUCCCACAGUCAAGUCAUCAAGAUACUGAUCAAUGGUGGUCGCCGAGCGAUUGGUGUGAUGUACAUCCACAACGGAAAGGUGAAGAAAGUUUACGCCAGGAAGGAAGUCAUCCUGAGUGCCGGGGCCAUCGACUCCCCCAAACUACUUCUGCUCUCAGGCAUCGGUCCAAAGGAACAACUUCAAACACAUGGGAUUCGAUCAGUGGUCGACCUCAAAGGCGUCGGACAAAAUUUUCAAGAUCACCCUUUGGUGGCAGGAAUCUCCUACACCACGGAGAGGAACGCCGAGAACCUCAUCCCAAUGAUGUAUGGCGGGAAUUCGCAAAGAGACUACAUCAGAAACCGGACUGGCCCGUUGAGUGUGCCGUUUGGAGUCGUUGGAUACUUCACAGUGAAUCUGGGAGUCGACCCGGACCCUAACGUAGAAGAUACCUUAUUUUUGUUCCAAUCCGUGUUGAUGGGCACUGACUUCGGUCUCGUUGGGGUCUCUACCUACGGAUACACCCGCGAGGUUUUCCAAGACUAUUUGCGUGAGCAAGGCGGUAGAACUGGGUUCGUCAUUACAGUUAAGUUAAACUGGCCCAAAAGCCGUGGCUCAGUCUCACUGCGCUCGAAGAAUCCCAUGGAAGCUCCAGUGAUCGACCCGAAUUACUUGAGUCAUCCCGAUGACGUGGAGAUGCUGUUGAAAAGCAUAAAGUAUGCAUUGAUCAUCGGCAACACCACGGCACUGAAGGAUGGACUGGGAGCCAAGCUUUACGAUAAACCACUGUUAGGAUGCAAGCACCUCAAGCACGGCUCUGACGACUACUGGAGGUGCUUUGUCCGCCGCAUGCUGUCCAUAGGCUAUCAUCCCAGCGGCACCUGCAAGAUGGCGCCCCCGUCAGACCCUGAUGGCGUGGUCUCCCCGAGACUCAAAGUUCGAGGCGUGGAGGGACUACGCGUCAUCGAUGCUUCAAUCAUGCCACUAAUCACAUCAAGCAACUUGAACGCUCCUACCAUGAUGAUUGGGGAGAAAGGCGCCUCCAUGAUCAAGGAAGACUGGGGCUACGUCGAGUAGCUUCAUUAAUCGAGAACUGUUUGGAACUCGAGGCCAAAUGCCAAACAUGGAACUCUUUCACAGGCAUCCCUCGUCAGCGGUGAUCCACUCAUUAUUAGCUCACUCAUACCUCCAGCGCGAAAUGUAAUAUGUAUUGAAGCGCUGGUAAACAUUUUAUUACUAAUACAUUAUAAGCUCGCUCAUCCAACUAUGAGAGCUUACAUGAAUAGUUAAAAUUAUAAGAUCUAGCAGCGUGCUUCUUCUCAGUGGGCAUUAUAUUA